GCCGGGGGGAAGAACAAGACUCGCAAGCCAACGACCAGCCAGCCAGCGAGCCAGGCCAGCUCUCUUGUCUGCAAGUGUGGGUGCAGCCUUGGCGUUUAUCGACGGUGGAGAGCAUCCAACCCACGACGUCAUUCGUCCGUUUGUCAUUCCGUCCGAGGCUGGCAAGACAUCAUGCCAUGCCCCCCCGGGCCACCAUUGACGCCUGCAACACACACAGGACACUUUCUGUUGUGGAAUUGCGCCCGUCUGCACCGGCUGACGACGCGUCCUCGGUAG